GGCAAUUAUCUCCCAACAAACCCACUUACAUUUACCCAUCCUAGCGUUUCCCGGAACUUUGCUGAAGAGAAUCUAAAGGCCAAAAAGGGGAAAUAUUUACUAUGGUUGGUGUAAAACGCCGCGUCGACACCGGCGACGACCGCAAUGGGAAGCGGACCAAGACGAAAACUACCGCUGUUUCGACGAAGAAGAGUAGCGGCAGCAGCAGCCGCGGCAAAUCUGGUCCUGUGAAGGGCAAGGGCUCUUCCAAAAGUGGAAAGAAGGAUAAGAAGAUUGUGAAGAAGAAGGUUGAGGAGGAAGAGGAGGAGGAGGAGGAAGAUGAUGAUGAUGAUUUCGAUAUCGAUGAUGUUCAGGACUCAGAGAUUGAGAGCGGAGACGACGACGACAACGAUGUUGAUAUGGACGAGUUGGAUGCUGAUGAGGAUGAGGAGGAAGGGGCAGACACCAAGUCUCAGCAGGCCAAGACCGCAGAUGUUGCGAAGAAUGUUAAUGCCUCUCGCGAGUCACACGCAAAACAAAAGGCUCUCUUGCAGGAGCGCAAAGCCGCAAAGCCCAAUGCUGAUAUGAUCGCUCGCUCGAAGAAAUUGUGGGAGCGCCUGCGUCGCAAAUCGCACGUUCCUCUCGAGGAAAGAAAGAAAUUGAUUGCGGAGCUUUUCGAGAUUAUAACAGGACGCGUCAAGGAUUUUGUCUUCAAGCACGAUUCCGUCCGUGUCAUCCAAACGGCUUUGAAAUAUGCCAAUACCGAGCAGCGCAAACAGAUUGCGCAGGAGCUCAAGGGUAGCUACAAAGAGCUGGCCCAGAGCAGAUACGCCAAGUUCUUGAUUGGCAAGUUGAUUGUCCACGGUGAUGCAGAGAUCCGCGAUACUAUUAUUCCCGAGUUUUACGGCCAUGUCAAGCGCCUUAUUCGACACCCCGAGGGAUCGUGGAUUCUGGACGACAUUUACCGGACAGUCGCGACACAGGAACAGAAAGCGAACCUGCUACGGGAAUGGUAUGGCGCGGAGUUUGCCAUCUUCAGAGACAACAAACCAUCUACUGCUGAGCUGUCGAAGAUUUUGGAGGAGAACCCAGCGAAGAGAUCUACGAUCAUGCAUUUCCUCCUCGAGCUCGUUAACCAGCUUAUUCAAAAGAAGACCUCCGGAUUCACGAUCCUGCAUGAUGCGAUGCUACAGUACUUCCUCAACACCAAGCCCGGGAGCUCGGAGGCCUCUGAAUUCAUCGAGUUGAUCAAGGGCGAUGAGGAGGGUGAUCUGGUCAAGAACCUUGCCUUUACCAAAUCAGGUGCACGGCUGAUGGCUUUGGCCCUGGCUUAUUCCAACGCCAAGGAUCGCAAACAACUUACUCGAUUCUACCGAGACACCAUCAAAAUGAUGGCGGGCGACCUUCACGGCCAUAUCGUCCUCCUGGCGGCAUACGAGGUUAUCGACGACACCAAACUUACCUCGAAGCUGAUCUUCCCUGAGCUGCUGAACCAAGGCUCUGAUGCAGAGGCGCGGGGUGAGGAACUGCUCUACCAAACAACAGACUUGACCGCACGUAUCCCCAUUCUUUAUCCCUUUGUCGGCGACAAGGCCAAGUGGCUUCUGCCCGACUCUGAUCACGAGAUCUUGAAAGAAAUUCGCGAGAUCCGAAAGGAGACAUCAAAGAAGGAGCCGUCCAUUCGACGCCAGGAGCUGAUCAAGGCGGCGUCUCCUACUCUUCUUGAAUUCAUCGCCGCUCGCGCUGACGCCUUGCUCGAAACCAGUUUCGGCUGCCAGUUUAUCAACGAGGUCCUGUUCGACGCUGACGGAGAUAAGAGUGCCGCUCUGGCCGCGGUCGCCGUUGCCGCUAAAUCCAAGGCCGAUGCGGACUCCCCGUCUGUGGGACGAACCCUAAAAUCCCUGGUGCAGGGAGGACGAUUCAACAGCGCGGAGAAGAAGGUGGAGAAGGUGGAGCCGGCCCUCGACUUCCACGGUGUUUUGUACGAGCAGAUUCAGGACGAUGUCAUGUCGUGGGCUACUGGACCCAGUGUGUUCGUCGUGGUGGCUCUCGCUGAAUCUGACGAUUUCGAGAAGAAGGGGGAGUUGUUGAAGGCCCUGAAGAAGGGCAAGAAGGCUCUUGAGAAGGCUUCUGCCGCCGGGAAGGACGGAAAGAAGGCAGGGCCGGCAGGCAGCGGCGCGAAGCUGUUGCUGGAGAAGAUCCGAUAGACUUGUGUCUUCAGCAUGGUUUACUUAUAGGCGUUUUCCCUUCUAAUCUUGAUUUUUAAGUGUACAGGGUCUUAUGGGCCAAUGAAGCAAAAGCAUUUUAUUCUAUCUUGAUGGGAAUUCCACCCGAGUAUCUCUCUCUCUAUAUAGAUAUUUCCUAUAUGUAUGUAGUCUUUUUUUUUCCCCCUCAUACUGCAUGGUACUUUCG